AUGGCUGACGACCGCAUGGCCAACCUGGCCCACUCCGAGGCCCACUACUUCAACAGCUACAACCACCAUGGCAUCCACGAGGAAAUGCUGAAAGAUGAGGUCCGCACGCGCUCGUACAGGGACGCCAUCUAUCAGAAUGGCCACCUCUUCAAGGACAAGGUCGUCCUGGACGUCGGAUGCGGUACAUCCAUCCUCAGCAUGUUCGCCGUGAAGGCUGGCGCAAAGCAUGUCAUCGGUGUCGACAUGUCGACCAUCAUCGACAAGGCCAAGGAGAUUGUCGAGGCCAACGGCAUGUCGGACAAGAUCACCCUCCUGCAGGGCAAGAUGGAGGAGGUCGUCCUGCCCUUCCCCAAGGUCGACAUCAUCAUCUCCGAGUGGAUGGGCUACUUCCUCCUGUACGAGAGCAUGCUUGACACGGUGCUCUACGCUCGCGACAAGUACUUGGCCCCCGGCGGCCUCAUCUUCCCCGACAAGGCCACCAUCUUCUUGGCUGGUAUCGAGGACGGCGAGUACAAGGAGGAGAAGAUUGGCUUCUGGGACAAUGUCUGGGGCUUCGACUACACGCCGCUCAAGUACACUGCCAUGACGGAGCCUCUGGUUGACACGGUCGACAUGAAGGCGGUGGUCACGGACCCUUCGGCCAUCUUCAACAUCGACCUCUACACGGUGAAGGCGGAGGACCUUGCGUUCAAGGUCCCUUUCAGCCUCAACGUCCGCCGUAGCGACUUCGUCCAUGCGGUCAUCGCGUGGUUCGACAUUGAGUUCAGCGCGUGCCACAAGCCCAUCCGCUUCUCGACGGGCCCGCACACCAAGUACACUCACUGGAAGCAGACGGUCUUCUACAUCGACGAUGUGCUCACGGUGGAGGCGGGCGAGAAGAUUGUCGGGACGCUGACCAACAAGCCCAACGAGAAGAACCCGCGUGACCUGGACAUCGACAUCGAGUACAAGCUCGAGUCCGAGGACAUGCACAGGCAGUCGCAGGGAUCGGGCAGCUACAAGAUGUGA